AUGUCUCCUCCAGACAGGAAGAGGGCGCAAGUACGACAAACUCGACGAUGCGAACCGGUUUGUUAACGAAGAAGUUACCUGUUUCCAAGGCUACCACUAAGCUGGCCAGUGCUGUGGGUAAAGUGUGCUGAGAUGUCAUUUUUAUUUGACUGGCUCUACAGGGGCGUCAGUGGUGUCUUGCAAUUCUUAGGUCUGUACAAAAAGAAUGGAAAGCUGGUGUUCCUGGGUUUGGACAAUGCUGGUAAAACCACACUACUGCACAUGCUGAAAGAUGACCGACUAGGCCAACAUGUGCCCACGCUGCAUCCAACGUCUGAAGAGCUCACAAUUGGCGGCAUGACAUUUACUACAUUCGAUCUGGGAGGGCACGUACAAGCUCGGAGAGUGUGGAGGAACUACCUGCCCGCUGUGAAUGGAGUCGUCUUUCUUGUAGACUGUGCAGAUCCUGACAGACUUACAGAAUCCAAGACUGAGCUUGAUGCUCUUCUCGCAGACGAGACCAUAGUCAAUGUCCCGGUGUUGGUGUUGGGUAAUAAGAUUGAUCGCCCUGAAGCCAUCAGUGAAAGCGGACUCAGAGGAGCUUUUGGCCUUGAUGGUCAAGUUACCGGAAAGGGCAAUGUGUCUUUGAAGGAGCUUAACGUGCGACCGCUGGAGAUUUUCAUGUGCAGCGUGUUGAGGAGACAAGGCUACGGUGAAGGUUUCCGAUGGCUCUCUCAGUACAUCGACUGAUAAACAAAACUCAAGCCUCUUCAGAAGGAACUUUUGUCAAGCGUAAGCAGAAGACGACAUUCUUCAAAGCAAAUCCUUUUUCCAGAUAUACUUUUUAUGUUUUAUAGGUUUCCACGAGAACAUUUCAAAGUGGUUUCUGAUGAAUUGUCCAUGUGUAUUAAUUAAUGGGACUUGAAGCAUAUCAGCUGUGUGACGCGUUAAUUCUCCCUACCGCAUAUAGUAAAAAUCAUUCCAGAAUGCAUUGUUUUGUCAACAUCUGAUCUUUUUUUCAGUCUGCCAAACUUCUGAUCUUCUUGUUUCCAUUGCUCGAUGUCCACGUUUUACUGUAUUUUUAGAUGUGUCUAUGAGAAAGCCGCAUGCAGGUUUAUCCAGUUUUGCAAGAGUGUGAGCAUGAAGACUUGGAGAGGAGGCAGUGGCGGGUUAGCGAUCUCAGCAGCACUGCUAUGGUAUGGGCACAGGACCCUGAAGCAGUUAACAUGGCUAGCUGUUAGCAAUGUCUAUGGUUACCAACUGGACAAACGAAAGAAUCAAAAGACACAAAGUUGGCAAUGGCAAUCAGAUGUUUAUUGAUCGUCAUGUGGAAGGUGUCGGACAGCAGGAUGAUAUCCUCCGUGACCGCUGUGUGACGCUUAAGGAGAAGUUAAAUAAGACGGAUGCAGUUGUGUUGCAAAGUAUGUAUUUAUUGCUUAGUUUGUUCAGUCUGCUUUAUAUGUUUUGGAUGUAUCUUUGGAACUUCCUGGAAGAAUGGCUGGCUGUAAAUUUCUUCCAAAUAAGUCAAAUAAUGAUAUUGUGCCCCCUACAGUGGCCUUGAUUUGACUAUAUGUGGUAGGUAGAACCGUAGCACAUUGUUUAUGAUAUAUUAGUAGCCAUACAGUACAGUAUGCACAGUGUAGAUAAGCUCCCUUUAAUAUUGAGUUAUGAUCUUUAUUAAGGAGAUUUAUUUUGCUUUUCUGUUUGUUUGAUUUGUUGCAUUGUAACCAGUAUUAUUCAAAGCCUACUGAACAGAUUAAAUGUAUUUAAGAAACUGAGUUUAUUUAUAGAGAAGUGUAAUUUACAAAUGCUAGUUCUAUUAAAUCAUUGUUAGUAGUCAAACCUCCGAGUGCAUUACUUACCUUUGAG